GGACGACGCACGCUGGCUUGAGCUAGUUUUUCUGCAAACUACGUGAAAAGCGCACAGAAAUAAUGGCCUCAGACGAUGCAUUUAAAGUGUCUUCUCUGAAGGGGAAGGUGACCCUGAUUACGGGUGCCAGCUCGGGCAUCGGGGCCGGCACCAGCAUCCUGUUCGCCAAACUCGGAGCCCUGCUGGCGCUUAACGGCCGCGACGUGGAAAACCUCAACAAAGUAGCCAAACAGUGCACCGACUCUGGAGCUGCAGAGCCUUUGCUUGUUCCUGGAGACCUCACUGACGAGGAGACGGUGAAGAAGACAGUGGAGCAAACUGUCGCUCACUUCGGCCGGCUGGAUGUCCUGGUCAACAGUGCUGGUAUCCUGGCCAUGGGCAGCAUCGAGACAGCAGACCUGGCUCAGUAUGACAAGGUCAUGAACGUCAAUGUCAGAUCUGUGUACCACCUGACUCAACUCUGCGUGCCCCACCUGAUCAAGACCAAAGGCUCCAUCGUCAAUGUAUCCAGUGUCAAUGGACAGAGAUCAUUCCCUGGUGUGCUGGCCUAUUGCAUGUCCAAGUCCGCCAUCGAUCAGUUCACACGUUGUGUAGCACUUGAACUUGCAUGUAAGCAAGUCAGAGUGAACUCUGUCUGCCCCGGUGUGAUCAUCACAGAUGUGCACAAGAGAGCAGGACUAGACGAGGAGCAGUAUGCCCAGUUUCUUGCAAAGUGUAAGCAGACCCAUGCCCUCGGUCGACCAGGGGAGGUAGAGGAAGUGGCCCACAGCAUCGCCUUCCUGGCAUCCGAUGCUGCCAGCUUCAUAACUGGAGUCAACCUACCCAUUGAUGGGGGCCGCCAUGCCAUGUGCCCGAGAUAAGAUCAUGUAUGUUAAUAUAUGGCCGCCUGCUAAUAUAGUGCUUUCAAACUCCAAGUCUGCCUGUGUUU